CGGAAGGGGCGCUUGGGGGCGCGCCAUGGCCCGGGAGGCGGUGGCGUGGCCGCCUGAGGAGACUCUGUCGCUCUGGAAACGGGAGCAAGCCCGGCUGAAGGCCCUCGUCGUGGACCGGGACACGGAGGCGUGGCAGCGGGACGCCGCCUUCUCGGGGCUGCAGAGGGUCGGGGGCGUGGACGUGUCCUUUGUGAAGGGCGACAGCGUCAGCGCUUGUGCCUCCCUGGUGGUGCUCAGCUACCCCGAGCUCGAGGUGGUGUAUGAGGACUGCUGCAUGGUUAGCCUAACAGCGCCCUACGUGUCAGGCUUCCUGGCCUUCCGAGAGGUGCCCUUCCUGGUGGACGCAGUGCGGCGGCUGCAGGAGAAGGAGCCCCGCCUCGUGCCCCAGGUCCUCCUUGUGGAUGGAAAUGGGGUUCUCCACCACCGAGGGGGAAGGAGGCAUCUUCCACCCCAGCCUGACAACUGUGAAAUUGGGGCAGAGGGCUGCGUCCCGGGUCAGGCUGGCUCUCCCAGUCCUGUCUUCCCAGUCCUCAGUCCGCCGACAGGCCUCUGUUUACCUGGGAAGAUUCGGCGGGUUCUGGUUUGUUCUCUCUCCACACCGUCUCUCGACUACUUGGCUCACUGCCCCACCAGCCCAGCCUCGCUUUCUGCCCCUGCAGGCUUCGGAGUGGCCUGCCACCUUGGCGUCCUUACAGACUUGCCCUGCGUUGGGGUAGCCAAGAAACUCCUACAGGUGGACGGGCUAGAGAACGACGCCCAGCACAAGGAGAAGAUACGACUUCUGCGGGCUGGAGGAGAUUCAUUUCCUCUGAUAGGAGGCUCUGGGACUGUCCUGGGCAUGGUCCUGAAGAGCCACAAGCACAGCAGCAAGCCCCUCUACGUCUCUGUGGGCCACAAGAUAAGCCUGGAGGCCGCCGUGCGCCUCACUCGAGGCUGCUGCAGGUUCCGGAUCCCAGAGCCCGUGCGCCAGGCUGACAUCCGCUCUCGGGACUACAUCCGCAGGACCCUGGGAGUCCCCGGGCCCCCCGCACCAGGGCAGGAGAGGAGCCAGAAGGUGCAGAGGCCAAAGGUGUGCCCUCAGGAAGGUUCGGAAGAGCCGGAAGGUGAGGGCAGGCCCCCCGAGGCCCACAGCUGAGGCCCCAAGACACUGGAAAGGCCAGCAGUGGCAGUGGGGAGCUGAGCUGGACAUGGCAAAGAGCUCAGGCUGCCUGACUUCCCGCCCCUGCCUGGAGUAGUGACUGGGGGCACGGUCCCCCCAGUAACAGGUAGAGCGCCCAGGCCCCAGCACACGGCGGCCACACCACCCACGGGGACGGCAGCAGGCUUGGCCCUGCUGGGAUGGGCCCGGGCAGCGGCCCCUCCUGCUCCGAGGUCUCGGUCACGAGGCUGUCAAGAGCUCCGCACGAGACAGAUCUCACACCACAGAGCACCAGCCCCAGAAGGAGCCUGACGUUGCUUUCCCAGGAGCACAGGAAGGGUAUUUAAGGUUCAUGGGGAUUUUCUGAUGUGUUUUGUUUUUUUCUAAAAGUGCCCAGGUGGGCUUAAGACUACCA